CCGAUUGGCUGAACGUCAUUAUCGGUGACCGCAUGCGCGCCCCAUGAUGCCACAGUCCGAACCCGCCGACGCCACGGACGUCUUGGUCCACGUACGAGGGGCACGGAUUCCGACGGCCACAUCCUUUUCUCUAGCUGCGCACUCCUGCCACUUUCUAUUGUGAGUGGUGCCGUGAGUUAUUUUCCGAAGGCGGAACAGACACUUGCAAAAAGUUUUAUUAGCCUAGAAUCCGACGAUGGACUUUGACGAGGACAUGUCGGGGCUGCAGAUUGAGGACUUGGGCGAGUAUUUCUUGCAGACGGACAUUAAUGACAACUGGAAGGGCUUUUCAUUGGGUUACACGGAUGAAGAGCAGCAAAAUCCCAAGCAGACAGGAGCACCUCCCGCCGAGAAUACUGGAACUUCUACUCAGCAUUUGACGUCUCCGCCACUGGCCAGUAUCUCGGAGAUGCUGAAGCAUGGCAAUGGACUCGGAGUGGGACUGGGCUUUGGCUCGCCCAGGAAGGACUUUGCCAAUCUUUUCCAGACCGGAUUGACCCCAGCUAGUGCCAAACCGGAUGUGGCCAUGAUGAACCGAACAGCGAGAGAUGCGAUAGAACUGGCGAAUUUCAGUCUGGACCAACACAGGAAACCUGCGGCGUUGCCGAUUGCAGCUUCGUCUGCAACCAAAGCGGCACCAUUGGGUGGUAGUAUUAAACCUGCAGCCCCUAAGGUGCCGAGUCCGCAAUGCCAGAACAUUUUGAACAAUGACGACGAUGACAUGAACAGUUUUGGAGCUGCUGCUGCGUUUAAACGUGAUUUUGACUUCAUGACCGUGGCAUGCGACCCUAGCGGAUGUUCGACUAUUGGCAGCACAGCUACGGUUAGUGCGCCGUCACCGACACCGGAAGACGACCGAGGAUACCGGAAGAAAUCGCGCGAGAAGAUGCGACGUCAAGAGGUGAAUGUCAAGUUUGAAGAGCUAGUUGACUUGCUGGGACUCUCGAACCGCGUUCGUAAGAGUGCGAUCUUGCAGGAAGCGGUGUCUGCUAUCAAGAGCUUGAAACGGGAGCGAGAUGAAUUACGUCGAGAUCGUGACCGUCUGCAGCAAGAAGUUAGCAAGUUGGCGACGUGUCUACAGUACUCGCACCUUGGGUCUGUGGCUGCUGCUAUGACGCAACCCAACCAGCAUAUGAACCCGUCGGGACAACUCCUUAACCCGCACGAUCCACAAGCAGCAGUCUCAAGCGGAAUGCAGGCAGUACACACGCAUCCGCUCAAUGUCCCGUGCAAUCCGGGUACCAACUGCUUCCCUAUUAGUUCAGCGUUUUCCAGUAUUUCGUCCCAGUUGGGAUCACAUUCGUCAUCGAGUUCAUCAGGGUCCGGUCAAGUUGCCAUUGCUCCCAAAAAUUUAAAGCCUGCACCAUUCACCCCGAUUGCACCCGAUACAGAGAUGAAGUAGGUUAGCAUACAGCAUCGUGAGUGUUAUUUGGAGUUAGAGGUCACAAGAAUAAUAAAGCUACAGUAUUGAUCACCAGAAG